AUGUGUCCAUUGAUAUAUGAACAAAGUUGGUCUGGUGAAUUCUGUAAAGAGGACCAAAAAGCUCAUAAGGAUAACAUUGAUUUAGCGUAUCGGCGUGCAAACAACUCAGAUGAAGCCUCUGAUGCUGAUACCGAUGUUGAAGAACAAGAAGUUGAAAUUGAUGGCAAUAUGGGCAGUCGUGGUGCUGGUGCUAGUGCUGGUGUGGGUGCUAGUCAACUAGUUUCUCAGAAUCAGACAAAGAGAAAGAGGAUAAGCCAAAGUAAUAGUAGAGGUCCAAUUGAUUUAUAUAUGAAGACAGACCACCAAAAAACUCAACAGGCCACUCUUGAAAGAGACUCAGCUUAUCAUUUCACUGUUCGUUGCCCAAGUUUCAAAGAAAUGAUAUAUGCAAUAGGCGACUAUGGGAAAGCUAUGCCCCCACCAUCUUACCAUCAGAUUCGUACGAAUCUUUUCAAGGACCGGUUAGUAGAAAUGAAGAAAUUUGUUGAUACAUUUAGGGAACAUUGGAAGAGGUUUGGAUGUUCUAUCAUGUCUGAUGGCUGGACAGAUGGGAAAAAGCGACAUCUUAUUAACUUUUUGGUGAAUUGUCCGAAAGGGACAGUUUUUUUGAAGUCUGUGGAUGCGUCAAACAGAACCAAUGAUGCUGAUUUUAUACGUGGGCUUGUAAAGGAGGUAAUUAACGAUGUUGGGGAAGAAAAUAUAGUUCAGUUCAUUACCGAUAAUGGUUCAAAUUUUAAAAAGGCAGGGAAAGAUUUAAUGCUUGAAUACCCAAAUAUGUUUUGGACUCCUUGUGGUGCUCAUUGUGUUCAGUUGAUGCUAGAAGAACUUGGUGGCAAGCUUCCACGAAUCAAGACAGCCGUCAUUCUAGGUAAGAGACUCGUUACAUAUAUUUAUGCUCAUUUUCAAGUAUUAAGCUUAAUGAGGGAGAUGAUCGGUGGUGAAUUACAUAGGUCUACAAAGACUAGAUUUGCAACUCAGUACUACACACUAGAAAGUCUUGCAAAGUAUAAAACCCAUUUGCAAAUAAUGUUUGUGAAUGAUAAGUGGUUGAAAAUGAGGUUUGCAAAAGAAACUAUGGGAAUUAAUGUACUUAAAAUUGUCACAAGCGGUACAUUUUGGGAAGAUGUUGAUUAUUCUUGUAGAGUGCUAAAGCCUUUGGUUAAGGUUGUAAGGUUAGUGGAUAUCGAGCGCAAACCUACAAUGCCUUGUUUUUAUGAAGCAAUGAGGAUAGCAAGGGAGAAACUCGAGGAGAAUUUCAGUCAAGAUGAUAGUACUUGGGCUGUAAUUAAGGCUAUCUUUGAUAAAAGAUGGAAGAAUAACUUCAAUCAUGCUCUACAUUGUGCUGCAUAUUAUUUAAAUCCUUCCAUAUUCUACAAAGUCCCUGCUCAUCUAAUGGAUAAUGAUCUUAAGUACAUAGAAAUCAAAAGGGGACUUCAUACAGCAAUGCAAAGGCUUAUUCCCAAUGAAGAAGAUCUUGAGAAAGCUACAACUGAAUUGAGAGACUACAGUGAUGCUAACGGGAUCUUGGGAACUCCGGUUUGCAAAAAAAGAAGAUAUAAAUCAACCUCGUAA